UCUCCUGCUGCUCGAGGAGCCGGCCGCCACCAUGAAUGACACUGUAACCAUCAGAACCAGGAAGUUCAUGACAAACAGACUUCUGCAACGUAAACAGAUGGUCAUAGAUGUUCUUCAUCCUGGAAAGGCCACAGUACCUAAGACUGAAAUUAGAGAAAAACUGGCCAAGAUGUACAAAACAACUCCAGAUGUCAUUUUCGUCUUUGGAUUCAGAACCCAUUUUGGUGGUGGCAAAACAACAGGCUUUGGCAUGAUUUAUGAUUCCCUUGACUAUGCAAAGAAAAACGAACCAAAGCACAGACUUGCAAGGCAUGGCCUGUAUGAGAAGAAAAAGACAUCAAGAAAGCAGCGAAAGGAACGAAAAAACAGAAUGAAGAAAGUCAGGGGUACUGCAAAGGCAAACGUCGGUGCUGGCAAAAAGAAGGAAUAAAAGGCACGCACUAUGGAUGGUGUUUAUCCGUGAAGAUAAUAUGGAUUUUUUCAUCAGGGCAUAAAUAAACCUUGUACACACUUCAAAAAAAAAAAA